AUGCAAAUAGUAACUUCCAUCGUCCUCCAAGCGCUGCUGCUAGCUUUAGCGUUGUGUGUUACGAUCCUACGGUUUUGGCUCCGAUCCUCUGUAGAACGUCGUAAGUUGACGUUCGCGGACUAUCUCGUAUGGGGCGGUUGGUUCUGCGCAUUAGGAUGGGUGAUUUGCUCUUCGAAAGCGCUCGUCAUCUUGAUCGAUCAUCCACUGGACGAGGAGACCAGGAGUGAUUCCAUCGAUUACCUCAAGACCGUCUUUGCGUCGUGUUUCUUCUUCGACACGGGGUUAUACUUCCCAAAAACUUCUCUCGUCGCCUUCUACUGGUGGUUAAUUCCACCGGGAUUUCCGCGCCUCCGGUUCUCUGUAUACGUCACUGCCGCGGCCAUAAUCUGUUGCUGGAUAGCAAGUUUGUUGACAAACUUUCUCAUUGCGCCUAAGAUCACAGACAAUUGGUCAAUUGAGAACCAGCUGCAAUCAACAUGGAAUACGUAUGCCAAUCUGGUUGUGAACUGGGUGCUCAACUUUGCGACCGACUUAAUGCUCUUCAUUAUCCCGUUCUUCAUCAUCAACUGUCUGAAACUCCGGAGACGACAGAAGAUAGGAUUGGUUGGUGUGUUCUCACUCGGCGUUAUUACCAUGGCCAUUAGUCUCGGGCGCUUCAUCGUGUACAACAUGGAUUACGACCUUCCCGACGCAGACGGAAAUCUCUGGUGCACGGCAGAAAUGUGCACGUCCAUCAUCGUUGUAUCCCUUCCAUUUUUGAAAUCACUCAUCAUCCGCCCCAACUCCCCAAGCGCGACGAACCGCAGCAACACGGGCUACAUACACGCCAGCGACCGUAAGACGGAUGAUAGUAGAGGACGUGGGCUCAAGGUUCACGCUCUGGGUGAUACAAUGGACGAUGAGAUGGAGCUUACAUUCCUGGACCGCAGGCCCAGUCCUGCCCUCACCGCCGCUACCGACGACACUAGAGGGCGGGAGGGGAAGGAUGUUGUAAUGGUCAAGACAGAAGUUACAGUCACCAGGAGUAUUGUAUGA